AUGACAUGUACAAUUCUUUUGACAAUCUUUCAUACUCAAACAAUCAUCGGUGAUGUGUAUGGUAGUCACUUUCAAUCGAAACGAUGUAUAGUCUUAGGAAAUCUUCUAAUUGUUGCUAGUUCAAAUAUUUACAUGGCUUCGGUUUCUAAGGCGCUCUAUCGGUUGUCUCGUGUAAUUCACCAACAGUGUCGAUGCUUUCAACGUACGCGAUUUUAUAUAAUAACACCAUUAGUUCAGAUUAGUCUAUCGCUUGUACUACUUUGUCCACUUUUCUUUUGGAAGGCGGUGGUUUAUCUCCCCCGCGAACAUUAUUGCUUUGUUUCCCAGGCGAAUUUUCGGGGUAUUCUAUGGGCGAUAUUUAGUAUUUAUAUUAUUCCAAUCGUUUGUAUACUAGCAAUCUACAUUCGUAUUACGAUGUAUAUCUAUAGAGAACGGAAGACUCAAACAAAAAUUAUUCGACGUCGACAGAGCCGUGAUGUUGUAGUCAUUCAACGGAUACUUAUUACAGUUGGUUUGCUAACACUAGCUGGUGCUCCUGUAGUGUUUUUCCUAAUACGAUCGUUGAUUACCGGAAAUAUCCAUCCAUUAACAUCACGCGUCACAUGGUUGAUAGCAGGUGUGUGUCUGACAGGAUUAAGCGUAACAUUAACCUUUUCCAUACCCCAAUUAAAAAGUAUUGUUUUGAAAAAUUCUACACCAAGUCAGACUAUUUCGAUGUCAACCGAGAUGACGACAAAUGGGAUUCAAAUGAGGCUCAGCACCAACAAAAAAUAA